CAAGGGACGUUUAGACAGUGUUAUCAAACAUAAUUAUAAUUGUUGUUUUGUAAACGUUAUCGAUGUAAACAAGUUUUAAGUAACUCCGUACUGUGGACCUUCGGGGACUAUUUUUAGGCCCGCGUGGAGAUGUUUGAUCCAUUGAACAGUUGUUAGUUAGACCGAGCGACCGUGCAGUGCCGAUGCAACCAAAAUCAGCCAAAAAUGAAUUCGUUACACUAUUUAUUUAUUAUAAUGGUAUUAUUAGGAAAUAAUUUAGUGGCGCUAGCGCAAGAAGAAAUGCAGCAAUUGAGGCUGUCUGACUCUAUUAAUAAAUGCAGCCAUCGCCUGUCGCAGAUGAUUGCAAACCUUUGCAAUAACCUCUACAAAAUUGUGAAGAGAGACACACGUUCAUCGAGAAUGAUAGAUAAACUAGUCCCAGAAGACCUCCACGAGCAUAUGAAGCGCGCGCGGCUGAAGCGAUGGCGGCGUGUGCGGCGGCAGGUGGCCAACGAGUGCUGCGAACGGCCGUGCACGGUCAGCAACCUGUUAAUGUACUGCCCCCCGGAGUCGCGGGUAGUCAAAGAGCACCCUGACAUGUUUGACUGAUUGUAAGAAGAAUGGUGCAAAUGGCCCUGCACGGUCAAUGCUGUAUAUCAACCCGAAGACAAGCACUGGAGAUAACCCUGACAUGUUUUGCUCGCUAUAUGACAAGUGCUGCACACGGUGUUACAAUGAGCAACACUGAUAGACUGCCCUGCAGAUGUGCAAGUAGUAGAUGAGCACCUUGACAUAUUUGACUGACUGUAUGAAAAAUUAUGAUCGACGCAACUGUAUUACCCCUAUAACAUACAAGUACCGAAGAAAAUCCCUGAUCAAGUGUGUCCAUUGUGAGAUAAAUACUCCUGUACGGCUUUGAAAACACACAAUAGUCAAAGAAGCACCCUGAAAUCAUUUAUUAAAUGGAAUAUCACCGACAAAUGUAUGAAUUUAGUAGUAUAUUGGGGUGGCUGGUACAAAUUCGUUAGUAUUUAUGCGUGCGUGGUCUAAAAAUGUUUAUACAAUUAUAUACCUAUAUAUACAUAGAUCUGAAUAUAAAUCAUAUUGAUAAAAUUACAUAAUCUGUUUAUUUGGAACGUCUAUCAAAACAAAUUACUUACUACAAACUAUACAUAUGUACAUCUAAACUGCUCAAUAAACUAUUAUCUACA